AUGGGCUCAAUCGAGGUCCCCGACUUCUGGCAGAGGGCCGACAAGUACCUCAUGACAACAGGUGUUCCCUUUUCGCCUGUUGUAAUCACUCGAGCAAAAGGUACUCGCCUUUAUGACUCGUCUGGUCGAUCGAUCCUUGACUUUACCUCUGGCCAAAUGAGUUCUCUGCUCGGUCAUUCUCACCCCGAGAUCGUCGAGGUCGUCAAACAAUAUGUUUCCGAGCUCGACCACUUGCUCAGCAACAUGAUCACCCACCCCGUUGUCGACCUUGCCGAGCGUCUCGCCAAGUUCCUGCCUGCUCCCCUCGAGAAGUCCUUCUUCUUGAACACCGGAUCCGAGUCAACUGAGGCUGCUAUCAAGAUGGCGAAAUGCUAUACGGGCAAUUUCGAAAUCAUCGCAUUCGCUGCCAGUUACCACGGUCUCACCCAGGGCUCUGGCUCCGCCACAUACUCUGCCGGUAGAAAGCGAGGCGGACCUUGCACUCCAGGUCAACUAGCAUUCCCUGCACCGUAUGCCUACCGCUCGCCGUUCCGGAAGGCUGACGGUUCAUAUGACUGGGAAACUGAAAUGGAUUAUGGCUGGUCAAUGAUUGACCGCCAGAGCGUGGGGUCUCUUGCUGCCUUCAUAAUGGAGCCCAUUCUAUCUACCGGCGGUAUCCUGGACUUGCCGGAAGGAUACAUGCAACGCAUGGUUGCAGAGUGCAAGAAGCGCGGAGUGCUCAUCAUCAUGGAUGAGGCCCAGACAGGCGUUGGCCGUACCGGCCAGAUGUUUGCCUUCGAGAAAGACGGCAUCGUGCCUGAUGUUCUUGCUCUUUCCAAAACCCUCGGCUGCGGUCUACCUCUUGCCUCAGUCAGUACCACUGCUGAAAUUGAGCGUGGCUGCAAAGAAGCUGGAUUCCUCUGGCUCACCACUCAUCUCAACGAUCCACUGACCGCUGCUGUCGGUAACAAGGUGCUUGAGAUUGUUGAGCGGGACAACAUCUGCAAACGCGCUACCGAGCGCGGUGACCAGCUCCGUGAGGGUCUGAUCAAGCUCAAGGAGAAAUAUUGGUGUAUUGGGGAUAUUCGUGGCCGUGGUCUUCUGCAGGGUAUUGAGAUUAUUGCUGAUGCUGAGACUCGGGCUCCCGGCUCGGAUCUUGGACAAGCUGUUUCUGACCGUGCUAUGGCUUGUGGUCUUUCUUGCAACGUUGUUAAUCUUCCAGGCAUGGGUGGUGUCUUCCGUCUCGCUCCCUCGGUUACUGUCACAGCCGAUGAGAUUGAAGAGGGUCUUCAGAUUUUGGAUGAAGCUUUCAGAUAUGUUUUGAAGAGUCAAGUCUAA